UGUUCAAUAGCCAUAACUUCCGAACAUACUACGCAGGCGAAAUCUUGUUAUUCAGACACGGUGAAUGGGACUCAGUGAGCAGCAAAUUGACGGGCAACGAGUUAUCACUUUGGUAUCAAGAUGAGACGUUCAACCCCACAUACUACAACUUGUUUGACUACAAUAUCACAUUGGACGCUUCCAAUUGGGUGGUGAAGUUCUCCAAUGACUUGAAUGAAAGCUUCUACAACUUAAUUUUGAGGGCCACCUGCCAAGAAGAUUAUGUGAAUUGGGUCACAGCUUUGUUUUUAUCCAACUAUGAAAAGUUGUCGUUGAACGAAGCAUUCACGGCCGUAGUUUUGAGUAUGAUCGGUCCCAAAUUGUCUGAUAUCCAUACUUUAUUGUCGAAGAAGAAGUAUCCAAAGUUUGAGUGGUGUAAUAUCAGAUUGCCGCAAAUUAACCAUAAAUGGUUGAGGUGCUAUGUGGCCAUCCACCCCUCGAGUUCCAAGAAAUCCGGCAGGAUCGAAAUCUACCAGCUGGAGAAGACCACUAAGAAAAACUUGAUUUGUUACAUUACGGGUGUCACCAACGUGUAUAACAUAUUUCCUGAAAAUGUGAACAUGAUAGAGUACAACUCAAUCAUGAAGUUGAAUGGAGAAGUAUACGUGAACAGCGGAGUCGAACACUUGUUUUUGUCUUCCCAGCCAUCGGCCUCCAGUGGUGCGUUUAGCAGAGCCCAUAGGAGGGCCACUUCUGGAUCUUCUUUCUUUAGUGCAUCGUCAUCACCUCCUUCUUCUCCCAAGAUCAAGUCAAGCCAAAGUUUCAUCAACACAAACUAUAUUUACAUGAUGCCCGACAAUCACCCUGGUGUACAGGCAAUUGAGACGAUGAUCAGAAACUAUAUUCCAAUUUUGGAUGCUUUCAAAUUGUACGGAAGACCAAAGCAAUUGAACUCUGACAAAUACGAUAAGCACUCCCUCCUCUUUGGUUUACCAUCGUUGCCCCAUUACGAGUACUUAUCAUUCGAUGAUGCUAGAGAAAUCGUUGAUUUGCACUUGAGUGAAUCUCAGCACUCGAGCUGGUCUUUCACCGAGUGGAACAAUGCUUUCAAGCAUAUGGUCGAGUUCAAAAUGGCUAAUGAGAAUUAUAAAGGAAAUGGAAACAUUUCGGUGUUGUAUAAGUCAUUGGAAUUGGAUGACUCGGACUUAUUGUCCAUAAAAUCCUUGCCUGAUAUCAACUUCCCUCAAGGUGCCACCAACGAAUUUUCACCUUCUCCAGUACCUGGAGGCUCACCUCCAGAUUCACCUUCUAUUGAUAACAACUUGGCAUCAUCCGGCUUUAACAUCGUCACCACGCCUUCUAGAGUUGCAUCCUCGUCGUUCCCUGAUUCUCCAAACUCCACUGGGGCUUUUAGAUUUGAUAAUUUCGAAAAUUACAACAAUAUCGACAAAGUUGCCAGUCCGGUUACUCAAUUAGGAGAGCUCGAUGAGCCCAUCAAAUUUCAUCCUUAUAGACAAAGAGCAUAACUUUAUGAGCAUGAACAUGAAUAGAUUAACAAAACUGUACCAAAUGGCUGAACAAGGGUUCAAUCCAGCAUUGUAUCUGAUUAUACCCAAAAACCACUUUCAGCAAAAUACCCCGUUGUUGCUUUAUUGGCGACGAGGUUUUAUUUCUUGUAUGAUAAAUUGAGAUUUACUUUUAUGUUGUUAAAUAUAUCUUUUGUUUUUAUCCGAUUAACGGAUCGAUAGAUUACAGGCUUAUUUCUUUACGUACACGUCUAAACACGAAUGGGUUGUGGAAACUUGCUACUCGCUACUCGUCUUGUUUAUUUUUUAAAACACGUCUGUACACGCGUUUCCUGUUUGAGUAGGACAUAAACAGUGUAUGGAAUUGUGAUGGAUUUGUAGUAAACAUUAACAAUCUUAACGAGCCACUUUGAAAAUUUUGAUCCUUGAAUCACAAGGCAUUCUCCAAGUGAUACAAUACCAUCAAAAGAAGCGUUCAACUCUCACCUUUUAUCUCAUACUGAUAUUGCCAAUACAAGUCAUCACGGUAUUGGUUCAAAAGCGUGUUGUGCGAAAAGCCAUCACCUAAUUUUAAACGCAAGUUUCGACGCGGUUUGGAAUUCUUACAUCUUGUUUUGUUUUGAUACCCGUUCAACGGAAAAGUACAUAUAAAAAGUAUAAAAACCAAGGAUUGCCCCCCUAUUUCAUAUAGAUUUUAAUUAGAGAAUUUUAUCAAAAAGCUUUCCAUUCAUUAACACAACUAUCAAUGUCUGUCCAAGAAACUCCAACCAAAGGCUUAACUGGCCAAAUCUCCAACUUAGGUAUGGCCACUCCAAAGGGUGCCUCUUUGACCGAUAAAUUGGCUGCCGAAGCUGAAGCCAAGGACGUCGCCCAGACCGUCUUCACCAGUAAAGACUUAGCUGCUUUAAAAGAAAGAGAACUCCAACCUAUUAAAGUCUCUCCAGAAGAAACCAAGAAGUCUUUGGAAAAACACAAUGCUUUCUUGAGAAAACAUCAAGUCCACAGACACGAGUUGAAGGCUUUGGAAAAGGAUGAACCUUUGUUGGUUGAAAACACCAAAAGAUUCGUUUUAUUCCCAAUCAAAUACCAUGAAAUCUGGCAAAUGUACAAAAAAGCUGAAGCUUCGUUCUGGACUGCCGAAGAAAUUGACUUGGGUAAAGAUACCCAUGAUUGGAACAACAGAUUGAACGAUAACGAAAGGUUUUUCGUCUCCAGAAUUUUGGCUUUCUUUGCCGCUUCCGAUGGUAUUGUCAAUGAGAACUUGGUUGAAAACUUCUCUGCUGAAGUUCAGGUUCCUGAAGCCAAAUGCUUUUACGGUUUCCAAAUUAUGAUGGAGAACAUUCACUCCGAAACUUAUUCCUUGUUGAUUGACUCAUACAUCAAGGAUCCUAAGGAGGCUGAUUUCUUAUUCAAUGCCAUUGAAACCAUUCCACAAAUCAAAAGAAAGGCUGAUUGGGCUUUGAGAUGGAUCAACGAUAGUGAUGCCUUGUUCGGUGAAAGAUUAGUUGCUUUUGCUGCUGUUGAAGGUAUUUUCUUCAGUGGAUCUUUUGCUUCCAUCUUCUGGUUGAAGAAGAGAGGUUUGAUGCCAGGUUUGACUUUCUCCAACGAAUUGAUUUGUAGGGAUGAAGGUUUGCACACCGACUUUGCAUGUCUUUUGUUCUCUCACUUACAAAAUAGACCAAACCCAGAAAUUGUCGAACAGAUCAUCACUGAAGCCGUUGCUAUUGAAAAGGAAUACUUCACUGAUGCCUUGCCAAUCAGUUUAUUAGGUAUGAACUGCACAUUGAUGUGUCAAUACGUUGAAUUUGUUGCCGACAGAUUAUUGGUUGCUUUGGGUAACGAAAAGGUGUACAAUACCACCAACCCAUUCGACUUCAUGGAAAACAUCUCCUUGGCUGGUAAGACAAAUUUCUUCGAAAAGAGAGUCAGUGAUUACCAAAAGGCUGGUGUUAUGGCUUCCACUUCUACCACUGAAGUCAAAACCGAAAGCGGUUUCACUUUCGAUGAUGAUUUCUAAAUCAAGUUACUCCACUUCUUUCAGUGGAACAAACUUUCAGUUCGUUAGGGUUGGUUUUCACUCAUAAUUUUGCUACACGAUUAUAUGUAAUGUUUAUGUAAAUACAAUAAAAAAGUCACAUUU